GUGUCACCGUUCAAGUAUUCGUAAAGAACUUGGCGUCAUUCGUGAUACCUGUAUACAAAAACUAAAAUUUGUUUCCUCGUCAGCGUUUGACGAAAGAAGAAGAUAUCUACGUAAGGAUGGGAAGCGCACUCUCGGCUUGGAAAGAAGAUCUAAUUAAUGCUUGUGACUAUGUUAUGGAUCAGAAAAUCGUAAAAAUGCCUGAAGUUCUUCAAGACGAGCGCUUCAUUCAAUGGUGUUUAUACGAACGAUGGCGGACAAAGCGCAAAGGAGCUUCUAAAUACGUCAGAAUGCAAUGCCCGUUGGCCAGCGUACAGCAGUUUUCAAAAGCGGGCCAAGAUAUCAGUGGUAAUCCCAGAGCAGUCGAUUUUGCUAUAUUCAACACCAGCAAAGAAGAUCCUCAGGAUAUUAAUAGUGUUCCUGCCGUGUGUGUUGAGCUCAGCCUUGCUAAGAUGAAAUCUGAGAAUUCUUCUCAAUUCCGUGAAAGAUGCUUGAAAGAUAUCUUUAGACUGGCGUAUCUGCGUCAUCAUUUCAAAACUGAGAAAGCUUAUUUUGUUAUGUUUGGAACUGAGAACCAACUCUUUCAAGUCACGGAAUCGCUGAAAGCAUUGAAGAGUAAAGAGAGCAAAUUAAAAUGGAAAGAUUUAGAGGAACUUGGGGCCUUGAAAGAGUUACGAAAGAGUAUGGAUUGCACGUGUCAAUCAUGUGGACGCUUGGAAAUGUCAUGCCUCAAAAGCGUGGUUCCAAAAUUAAAGAUCGUUCAUGAGAGAGUGGUUAUGCACAAGGCUUACUGGUGCAAGAUUUGGGAAGUUGACGCACCCCCCAAGAGAUAGAAGCUUGUUCAGAUUAUCCGUCUCUUUGUUAAAUUUACCAUCAAAAACUUUUAAUAAUAGUUUUUAUCUAAUUUUUCACUGAUUAAGUAAACCGUGGAAUUCAAGU